ACAGUGGCUUCCGGGCCCGGACGCCAUUUCCAGCAGUUGCUGGUUCUGACGGGUUGUAGUCCGCCAGGACAAUGAGCUAUGACUACCAUCAGAACUGGGGCCGUGAUGGGGGUCCCCGCAGCUCCGGUGGGGGCUAUGGAGGGGGGCCAGCAGGGGGUCAUGGAGGGAACCGAGGCUCCGGAGGAGGCGGCGGCGGCGGCGGCGGAGGGGGUGGUCGAGGCGGCAGGGGCCGGCAUCCUGGGCACCUGAAAGGCCGCGAAAUCGGCAUGUGGUACGCGAAGAAACAGGGGCAGAAGAACAAGGAAGCGGAGAGGCAAGAGAGAGCUGUAGUACACAUGGAUGAACGACGAGAAGAACAAAUUGUACAGUUACUGAAUUCUGUUCAAGGGAAGAAUGAUAAAGAGUCGGAAGCACAAAUAUCCUGGUUUGCUCCUGAGGAUCAUGGAUACGGUACUGAAGUUUCUACUAAGAACACACCACGCUCAGAGAAGAAACUUGACAUCCAGGAAAAGAAGUUGAUAAACCAAGAAAAAAAAAAGUUUAGAAUCAGGAACAGAUCAUAUAUUGACCGAGAUUCUGAGUAUCUCUUGCAAGAAAAUGAACCAGAUGGAACUUUAGACCAAAAAUUAUUGGAAGAUUUACAAAAGAAAAAAAAUGACCUUCGGUAUAUUGAAAUGCAGCAUUUCAGAGAAAAGCUGCCUUCGUAUGGAAUGCAAAAGGAAUUGGUAAAUUUAAUUGAUAACCAUCAGGUAACAGUAGUAAGUGGUGAAACUGGUUGUGGCAAAACCACUCAAGUUACUCAGUUCAUUUUGGAUAACUACAUUGAAAGAGGAAAAGGAUCUGCUUGCAGGAUAGUUUGUACUCAGCCAAGAAGAAUUAGUGCCAUUUCAGUUGCCGAAAGAGUAGCUGCAGAAAGGGCAGAAUCUUGUGGCAAUGGUAAUAGUACUGGAUAUCAAAUUCGUCUCCAGAGUCGGUUGCCAAGGAAACAGGGUUCUAUCUUAUACUGUACAACAGGAAUCAUCCUUCAGUGGCUCCAGUCAGACCCGUAUUUGUCCAGUGUUAGUCAUAUCGUACUUGAUGAAAUCCAUGAAAGAAAUCUGCAGUCAGAUGUUUUAAUGACUGUUGUUAAAGAUCUUCUCAAUUUUCGAUCUGACUUGAAAGUAAUAUUGAUGAGUGCAACAUUGAAUGCGGAAAAGUUUUCAGAAUAUUUUGGUAACUGUCCAAUGAUACAUAUACCUGGUUUUACCUUUCCGGUUAUGGAAUAUCUUUUGGAAGAUGUAAUUGAAAAAAUAAGGUAUGUUCCAGAACAAAAAGAACACAGAUCCCAGUUUAAGAGGGGUUUCAUGCAAGGGCAUGUAAAUAGACAAGAAAAAGAAGAAAAAGAAGCAAUAUAUAAAGAACGUUGGCCAGAUUAUGUAAGGGAACUGCGAAGAAGGUAUUCAGCAAGUACUGUAGAUGUUAUAGAAAUGAUGGAUGAUGAUAAAGUUGAUCUGAAUUUGAUUGUUGCCCUUAUCCGAUACAUUGUUUUGGAAGAAGAGGAUGGUGCGAUACUGGUCUUUCUACCAGGCUGGGACAAUAUCAGCACUUUACAUGAUCUCUUGAUGUCACAAGUAAUGUUUAAAUCAGAUAAAUUUUUAAUUAUACCUUUACAUUCACUGAUGCCUACGGUUAACCAGACACAGGUGUUUAAAAGAACCCCUCCUGGUGUUCGGAAAAUAGUCAUUGCUACCAACAUUGCGGAGACUAGCAUUACCAUAGAUGAUGUCGUUUAUGUGAUAGAUGGAGGAAAAAUAAAAGAGACACAUUUUGAUACUCAGAACAAUAUCAGUACAAUGUCCGCUGAGUGGGUUAGUAAAGCUAAUGCCAAACAGAGAAAAGGUCGAGCUGGAAGAGUUCAACCUGGUCAUUGCUAUCAUCUGUAUAAUGGUCUUAGAGCAAGUCUUCUAGAUGACUAUCAACUGCCAGAAAUUUUGAGAACUCCUUUGGAAGAACUUUGUUUACAAAUAAAGAUUUUAAGGCUAGGUGGAAUUGCUUAUUUUCUGAGUAGAUUAAUGGACCCACCAUCAAAUGAGGCAGUGUUACUCUCCAUAAGACACCUGAUGGAGCUGAACGCUUUGGAUAAACAAGAAGAAUUGACACCUCUUGGAGUCCACUUGGCACGAUUACCCGUUGAGCCACAUAUUGGAAAAAUGAUUCUUUUUGGAGCACUGUUCUGCUGCUUAGACCCAGUACUCACUAUUGCUGCUAGUCUCAGUUUCAAAGAUCCAUUUGUCAUUCCACUGGGAAAAGAAAAGAUUGCAGAUGCAAGAAGAAAGGAAUUGGCAAAGGAUACUAGAAGUGAUCACUUAACAGUUGUGAAUGCGUUUGAGGGCUGGGAAGAGGCUAGGCGACGUGGUUUCAGAUACGAAAAGGACUAUUGCUGGGAAUAUUUUCUGUCUUCAAACACACUGCAGAUGCUGCAUAACAUGAAAGGACAGUUUGCUGAGCAUCUUCUUGGAGCUGGAUUUGUAAGCAGUAGAAAUCCUAAAGAUCCAGAAUCUAAUAUAAAUUCAGAUAAUGAGAAGAUAAUUAAAGCUGUCAUCUGUGCUGGUUUAUAUCCCAAAGUUGCUAAAAUUCGACUAAAUUUGGGUAAAAAAAGAAAAAUGGUAAAAGUUUACACAAAAACUGAUGGCCUGGUUGCUGUUCAUCCUAAAUCUGUUAAUGUGGAGCAAACAGACUUUCACUACAACUGGCUUAUCUAUCACCUAAAGAUGAGGACAAGCAGUAUAUACUUGUAUGACUGCACAGAGGUUUCCCCAUACUGUCUCUUGUUUUUUGGAGGUGACAUUUCCAUCCAGAAGGAUAACGAUCAGGAAACUAUUGCUGUAGAUGAGUGGAUUGUAUUUCAAUCUCCAGCAAGAAUUGCCCAUCUUGUUAAGGAAUUAAGAAAAGAACUAGAUAUUCUUCUGCAAGAGAAGAUUGAAAGUCCUCAUCCUGUAGACUGGAAUGACACUAAAUCCAGAGACUGUGCAGUACUGUCAGCUAUUAUAGACUUGAUCAAAACACAGGAAAAGGCAACUCCCAGGAACUUUCCGCCACGAUUCCAGGAUGGAUAUUACAGCUGACAGCUUUUCAGGGGUGGUCUGAAAAGCCAGUUUGACAGCCAUUCUUCAUCAGUGUUUAAAUUUUGGCUGGAUGCCAAACCCUGGGACAUGACCAAUUUUCAUGUGUAAGGUAGAAACCUUCAGUGGGUAGUAAAGACUUAAUGUGCAUGACUUGGUGUUAUAUGUAGCUAUAUACAUACAUAUAUAUAUAUAUACACACACACAUAUAGAUAUACCAUAAAAACAAUAUGUUCUCUGAUCAUAUACUCUGCUGUGGUCAUGCCCACUCUUUGGGAGUAUAUUCCCUUUAUAUAUAUUGAGUAUUGUACCACUUGAGAAAUUCCUUUGUUCUGUUAUACAAAAUUAAUCUUUCUGCUCAUAAUGAUUGAUGAUACCACCAGUAAAAAUAGGAUGUUUACCCCAAAAAAAGUGUCAAUUAAGAAUUUGAACACAACCACAUUUUUUAAAAUGAAACUUCUAUCGGAAGUAAAUUAAUUUGUUGUAAUAAAGUCCAGUAUUUAAUAAAAUGUACAUUGUUAAAUCUCA